AUGGACCCCGAAGUGAUCAAAAUCGUGCUCGUAGGCGAUGAAAAGUGUGGCAAGACGACGUUUCUCUCACGAUUGAGUGCGGGUGAAAAGCUCAACCCGAUCCCUAUUCUCCGCGACAUUGACCAGCCCUUCCUCUUCGAGAUCAAAGUGGGACAACGGAGGCUCCGCUUCGAGUUCUUCGAUACGUCGAGCCCAGACAAUUGGCGACUCCUAGACCCCGAUGCCAUCGUCAUCUGCUACGACAUCAGCCAGCGGCUGAGCCUCAUUAACAUGCAGCGAUAUUGGAUCAACGAGUGCAAGACGGCAUUCAAGCGGUUCGAUGCCCUGCCCGUUAUCGUGCUGGGGUUGAAGCGUGACCUGAGGUCGGAGAAGGACCCCAACGGCAUCAUCUAUCCGCAAGAGGCGUAUCAGAUAUCGCAGACCAUGCGGGCGGACCGAUACGUCGAGUGUUCGGCAGUAACCGGAGAAUUGUUGAAGUUGGCAUUUGAGGACCUGUGCAAGACGGCCAUGGCACAAGGGGCAUCAUUGAACCAGGAUGAGAGCGCGUGCUCGGUCAUGUGAAGUUGAUUGGUGAGCCUGAGCUGGUCAUGGGGUGGUAUUUGUGUCAGCCAAUCCCCAAAAAGGUGGGAUCGAAUGUGUUGCCUCGAAGAUGAGGCUCUCAAGCAGUCGUGCUAUCGCCCAUAUCGACAUCACCGGCCGCCUCACCGUCAUCCUGUGCCUCGGCACUGGCGGGGAACUGGCCCAGGACGUCAGAAAUAGCCGUGACGAUAGCCUCCUGCUGCUCUUCAUCGAACCGCUCGGCCAUGUCCUCGACGACAGUGUUGAGGGCGGCAACGGAGGCCGGGCGCAGAUUCAAGAGCAUGACAACUUCACCCUUGGCGAGGUUGUAGGGGCGCAGACGCUCAAGCAGCUUGGCGAUGCAGCCUGGGGAAUAAGUGAGGGGAUCCUGGCUGAGGGGGCCGGGAUGGGUGCGCAUGUAUUGUAGAAGCUAAGACGUCAAU